AUGGCCUCCGAACAUAAUCCCUUUCGAAGGAAGUCUCCUUCCACCUCCCUGUCUAUCUCGACGCCUCAGCCCGUGUCUACAUCAGCCUUUCUCGAGUCCAUCACCUCCGGCGUCCCGAGGCAAAAUGGCCCCCCGCCCCCCGAGGCACGACCUGCCAAGCCAAAGGUUGUGAAGAAGGUUAGGGUCCUUUCGCCGCCGCCCUCAUCUCCCUCCUCCCCAGAAUCGGUACACAGCAGAGGCUUCGGACGCCAGGACGACAGCAGCGACGAUGAUUCCCACGAUGAAGACGACCACUUCUCAAAGCGGUUUCCCGAGCUUCCCGGCGGCCUGCCCGAGGCUGCGCCGCUUCGCAUUGCCAACGCGACCAAUACACCCGACAACCCCUUUGGCAAGACGCUGCAAGAUUUGGAACGCUUGACGGACGGGAAGCCUUUAUCUGGCGGAUCAACCAAAUCCAUGGAUGUCAACGCCUUCAAGAUGCUGCUCCUCACCGGCCAAGCCGGUGCUGCGACACCGUUCCCACAGAAGCCAGAGCCGGCCAACCCAACUUCCAAUGCAUCCUACGCUGCGCCAGAGCUGGAAACGCCGCGGACGUCACAGGAUAUCGCAGACGGCGGUGUUGAAGACCAGCGAUCUCUACUGUCAUCAUCAUUUUCCAUGAAGAAGAAACCUCCUCCGCCGAGCUCAAGGCAUGGUAGGAAGAUUAGCGUGCAGACAGCGGGCCGUCCACACAUCUCCUCCGAGAAUGCAUCGCCUGUUUCACCGUCUGAUGUCAACAAACCCCUACCGCCCGCCCCAAGCAGUCACGUUGGGGACGACGCGGAAGAUAUUUUUGCCCGGGAAGCCGCUGGCAAGGUUCCGGAGCAGGACUCCCCCACUCCCAGCUCAACACCCACCCCGGCUCGUCCGGCGGCAGGCAAGAGGCCGACACCUGCCCCUCCACCAAGGCGGGGCCACGCACGGAGCCAGUCCUUAACCGCCAAUGCUGGGGCUAACGCUCCGAGUAUGCCAAACUACGAGGCCGACACGCCGCCUCGCUCUUCGAUGGAGUCGCAGCGCUCGAGGUCAGAGAGUUUCCGGAGCAUCACUGCGCCGGCUCCGCCUCCUCCUAGGCGCCCGCAUGCAUCGCAUCGGCAGUCAUUUCAAUUAGCCCCGCCGCCCAAUUCUUCAUUUUACGCUGCCAGCCCAGCACCGUCCGAUGUUGAUAAUUCUACACAUGCUACGGGGAAUACGCCUCCCAAGAUUUCUCCCCCGCCACCGCCCCCAGCGCGGAAUACUUCAACGCGCCGGCCUCCCAGCGUCAGGAGCAUCGAAAACCCGAGCAGGAAGAACAGCGGGGGCAAGGAGAAUGCUCCCCCACCGCCGCCGCCCCGUCAGAGAGGCAGCAGCCGCGGGAGCAUGGAUGGGUACGGGAUGAGGAGGACAAGCAUUGACAGUACAAGGGCCAUGGGCAGCAACGUGCCAGAAGAGCCGGCUGCGGAGGAUAAUGUACAGCAAGAGUAUGGCGCAGCAGAUUGGGGCAAGGGGGCGGACAUCCUCGCCGACCUGGAUGCUCUGCAAAGGGAAGUGGAUGCAUUGAGGGCAGCACAAGACAAAUGA